AUGUCUGAGGGACGAAAUGAAGGAAGUAUUCCCGAGUUUGAUUUCACACAAUUAUUGCAAUCCCAAGGGUUAGAUGAGCCAGGAGUUGCAACACGCAGGGAAAUUCCUUUGGAAAAUAACAUCAUACCGGCCAGUGUGAAACAUCGGGACCAUCCUGUAGUGCAUUUAUUGAAAAAAGUGGAUGUUGGGUCUACAAUACUUUGCAUCGUAAUACCUUUAUUCUCGUUGUUCAAACUUAUCCUUGAUAAACCAGAGUAUAAUGCGGACCUCCUAAAAUUGUUGGUUUGUUACUGGUUUCUGUCUGAAAUCAGUCUUAUCGCGGGGUAUCAUAGGUUUUUCACCCACAGUUCCUACCAAUGUCAUAUCGCUAUACAAUUUACAAUGGCCAUCUUAGGUGCCUCAUGUGGAUUGGGAUCCAUCCUUGAUUUCACCAGUCAACAUAUGGUACAUCACCGUCAUAUUGAUACUGAAAGAGACCCACAUUCGCAGCAUGUUUACGGGUGGUUGUUCUCUCUUUGGGGACAUAGGUUUUUCCGCGGUAAUAGGAAAUCGGUGAAAGCUGUAGCUAAAUGCCGAGAGACUAUUGUGUCUACUGCAAGAGCAACAUAUGAUAACCACACAACACAAUUGAUUAGAUCAGUAAGUUAUCCUUUACUUCUUUGGCAAGAUGCUAAUUAUUUACAACUAUGGAUUCUAGCAAAUCUUCUGUUCCCCUUCCUUGUAAGUAAAUAUUUCCUGGAGCUACCCCCUUGGAAUUGCAUCUUUUACUUGGGUUUUGUCAGAAUGUCUGUGGUUCAACAGCAGUGGUUGCUGAUAGGUUCUUUAUGUCACUGGAAGAACUUCCCAUUGGCAGACCAGCCAUUCGACGAUUCAAAGUCUGCCAUCAAUUUGAAGUUGGGAUGGAUUGGAGAUAUUUUAACGUUUGGCGAGGCGAAUCAUAAUUUCCAUCACGAAUUUCCUGGAGAUUUCAGAAACGGCCCUGGAAGAUUUACAAUAGAUCCAGCAAAAUGGGUAAUAUAUUUACUUCAGUGGUUUAACUUGGCCAAGAAUUUACACACUGUGUCUACCGAGCAAAUUGAAAAAUGUCUGGUUCAGCAACAACAAAAGAUGAUCGAUGAGGAAUCAGCAAGAUUAAAAUGGGGUAUUCCCAUUGAAAGAUUACCCAGAAUGACGUCUCUGCAAUUUGUGAAGCUAGCAAAGGACGAAUACAUUAAGAACAGGAAGGCAUACGUUGCCAUUGAAGGUAUUGUACAUGACGUGACACCAUUUAUAUAUGAUCAUCCUGGUGGGGUCACGCUUGUUGAGACAAGUAUUGGAAAGGAUGCCACACAAGCAUUUAACGGAGCAGUGUACAGGCAUUCCAAUGCAGCAAGAAAUUUAUUGGCUACUAUGAGGGUGGCAGUCAUAACUGACCAAUCGUCCAACAUUCAAAGAACUACUUGGGAAGAGAAUUCCAUCGCUAAUGCCACGCAUAGAAAUAACAUGGAUAGGCAAGACGUUGUCCGGAACAGAAAGCAUGCUACACUUACAAGAAGAAAUCAUUAUGCAGCUGGGGCAGCUUAA